CUUUCGUGCGCGCUGCCGCAGCUCGCAGAGGGUCGUCCGGGUGGUCGGAGCGCACCGAGCAGCCGCUUCUCUCCAGACCAGCUCCUGAAUCCGGACGCAAUGCAGGCAGAUGAGAAGGUGGUGGACGGCGGCCUGCUGCCCGACGCCAACGGGAAGGAUCCGAACCCCGGCGGGCAGCCGGACGGCUCCAAGUGGCAGAAACCUCGGCUCACGCGCAAAUCUCUGAUGAAAUGCUGCCUGGUGAAGUGGAUCAUCGCCAGCACCACCAAGCAAGGGCCAGAUGACAGCAGCGAUAGUGAUCUGGAACUGUCCAUGGUGCGACACCAACCCGAGGGCCUCGAGCAGCUCCAGGCCCAAACCCAGUUCACCAGGAAGGAGCUCCAGUCGCUUUACAGAGGCUUCAAAAACGAAUGUCCCAGCGGGCUGGUGGAUGAAGAAACAUUCAAGACUAUUUACUCACAGUUCUUCCCUCAAGGAGAUGCAACAACAUACGCACAUUUCUUAUUCAAUGCGUUUGAUCUGGACAGAAACGGCUCCAUUCGCUUUGAGGACUUUGUGUUGGGACUAUCCGUCUUACUUAGAGGCUCCGUCACAGAGAAACUCCGCUGGGCUUUCAAUCUGUACGACAUCAACAAGGACGGCUACAUCACUAAAGAGGAAAUGUUGGCAAUCAUGACGUCCAUUUAUGACAUGAUGGGCAGGUAUACUCUACCCAGUGUCCGAGACGAUUCUCCCUAUGAGCAUGUGGAGAAAUUCUUCCAGAAGAUGGAUCGUAACAGAGAUGGAGUCGUGACCAUAGAUGAAUUCAUCGAGACCUGCCAAAAGGAUGAGAACAUAAUGGCCUCCAUGCAGCUUUUUGAGAACGUCAUAUAGUUUUAAUGUGGACGAGUGAUGCUGCACAGUGCUUCCGGUGGAGAGCUCGGUCCUGAAUACUCCCAUUCAUCCUGUAACAGUCGAACUGGGUCAUACCAUUCACUCCACUCAUUUCAGUCCAGAUUGGCACCGAGCCGAACUGCUCCACGCAGAGAAACGUACAGGAUUUACUGCAUCACGUGAAGACGACAUGUUUAUUUGCAUGACGGGUUUGAUUUUGUUCUUUAGCACCUCAAAGAAACAAAAGUGUCAUUGCCAGAUGAGCAUGAUAGUUUGCCUGUUAUUAAAAAAGCAUGUGAUGCAUACCACUGUGAGCACAAACAAAGUGUGUGUGUUUGUUUUUUCAAACCAAUUCCAGACUUGGGAGGAUAAGAAUCUUUGGUGUUACUGAUUUUUUGUAGAGUCAUGGUACCUGCUCAGUGUCCUGUUUAUUAAAAACUUUCUAAAACGCUAAAGCAAACCUACCAUUGCCUGCUACUGUAAAGAUUCUAAAUCUCUUUAAUGUUAUGUCUUCAUUUGAGACUGACUCAGAAAUUUGCG